AUGUCCACCCACAUUGCACAUACCCUCCUCUCACGUGCCCACUCCCCCGACACCGCCUCCCAACUCUUCACCGAACGUGUGAAACAAAAACCCCUCCACCUACGACCUACCUCGCCUUCACCCUCUGACAACCGCGACCGGCGUCGUCACCACCGCCUCCGCAAGAAGGAAUACUUCCUACGGAAACAGAAGCCCCGUCCCCUAUCGGCACGCGAGAAACGCGUCUCAGGAAUCCACCAGCUCCCCGUCCAUGAAUGCAAAUACGCCGUCUUUAAGGGCCUGCAUACCCUGUGGGUCAGUUACAUGCAGGAGAUCCUGGAUCUGAAGACGCGGGAUCCUGCGGAUGCGUUGAUUUCGCCGCUGUCGCAUGGGAGUAAAUUGGCUAGUGCGGAUUUCCAUGGCUCAGAGGUCCAGGUCGUUAGGAGCAGGUGUCAUGGUAGAGUGGGGUUGAGGGGGAUUGUGGUUAGGGAUACGAAGUUUACGUUUGUGGUGGUUACGGAGGGGGAUGAAGUUAAGACUAUUCCAAAAGAACAGACCAUCUUCCGAUUCACGGUGCCUUUACCAUCCUCCUCUGUGUCGGAAAAGAACGAUCCUGCAGAAAAGAAAGAAUUCGUCUUCGAGCUUCAUGGGAGUCAGUUCUUGAAUCGGCCUGUCGAUCGCGCAAAUAAGAAGUUUAAAUGGCGGAAUGUGGAUUACCUUUAG